CGGCGGCGGGCAGUAUGGCAGCGGCGGCGGACUCGUCUUCCCGCGCUGACUCGGCGGCCGUGCGGUUGCCGCGGUCGCCGCCGUUCAAGGUGCUGGCGGAGCAGCUGCGGCGCGACGCGGAGGGCGGCCCAGGCGCGUGGCAGCUGUCGCGGGCGGCGGCGGGCCGCGGGCCGCUGGCGCUGGCGGUCGUGUGGAUGCAGGGCACGGUGGUGGCGGCGGGCGGCGGCGGCGAGGCGCGGCUGCGGGACCCCAGCGGGGUCUUCACCGUGCGCGGCCUGGAGCGGGUGCCGCGCGGGCGGCCCUGCCUCGCCCCAGGAAAGUAUGUGAUGGUAAUGGGAGUGGUUCUGGCCUGCAGCCCUGAGCCGUGCCUUCAGGCUGUGAAGAUGACAGAUCUUUCUGAUAAUCCCACCCAUGAAAGCAUGUGGGAACUAGAAGUGGAAGAUUUACACAGGAGUAUUCCUUAAUGUUGGAACCGUCCUUAAAAACACCUAGAGUUUCUGAAACAAUUUAGGUUCUUAUAACCUUGUGCAUUUCACAGACAUUGUUCAAUGUGUAUUUCUCAAAAGUUUCUCCGCUUUGCUUUGGUUGACCAAGGAGUCCAGAUGUAGGAAUUUGAAAAUGCUGGGCCCCUUCAGUUAACACGCCUCUGCUGCCCCUUGCUUUGACUGUGUUUGCUGAUGAAAAGCAGAUGCUAUGGGGUUCUUUUUUCUCCUUUUGGUUUGUGUGUGUUAAUUCUCUCUCUCUCUAAAGUACACAGAAAUCUCAUGUUGCAUUUUCCAAAUUUUACCAGCGAUGAUACUUUUUCCGUGACUGCUGCAUGUCCAUUUUACUAUGCAAAAUUUGAAUCUCAGUCAUUGGCCGUGGUGAUUAAAUGCGGUUCCAGGCGGGAAGGCAGACUGCGUAGAAAAGGCGUGACAUCAUGGCUCCUUGUCGUCUUCGUCAACAACUGCCAUGUCCAGUUUGCAAGUCAAAUGGCGUUUCCUAACGGCAGGCACGGCGGCCCUGAAGGACACGGGUCCCUUUCUGCUUCGGACACGGCUCAAACACUUAAGGUCCCUUUCCCUCCAGGAAGGCGAUACCUUCUUCCUUCUCUCGGAGAUGUUGAGCCAUUUUCAAAUUUUCUUGUUGAAAUUAAAAACUCAAGGUUGAGAACAACUUUCAGGCCUUAGCUAAACUUCCGCUUCGUAACUUUUGGCAAGACACUGCAGGGGGGCGGCCUCCUGGUUCGAGUUCCUGCAUCUUUUUGUGUGGAGUGACUUUUUGUCGUGUUUGUAUUGAACGUUGGGUUUCUGCGAGCUGCUUAUUACCCGUGCCUGAUUUUUGUUUAGAUUGUAAAUAUCAAGGGAGUCGGAUCAUGUUCUGACAUUGCUGUACAGUUUUGCCUGGAAUUCUGAUAUUCUACCACUAAUAAAUUUUUUUUAUAUGCUGUCUGUUUUUUU